AUGCCACUGGCGAGGGCCGCAGGAGGCAUCUUCAGGAAUGAAACCCUUGUGGACGCCCUUGUCGACACGGCGUACACCAUAGGACCAGCAAGCAAGGCCGAUGUAAAAGCGCUUCGGGCGGAGGUCGACGCUUUGAAGCAGACGGCAACUGCCAGGAGAUUUGCCCGAUUGGACCAGCAGGUCCACAAGGCCCUGCAGGUCCCCCAGGUCCGGCAGGCUUCAACGGCACCGACGGCCCAGCGGGUCCUCCCGGAGCGCAAGGCGCACAGGGCCCGAUUGGUCCAGUGGGCCCGACUGGUCCAUUCAUACAAGGUCCAACAGGUCCUCCCGGAGCGCAAGGCGCACAGGGUCCAGCAGGGCCUGCGACGUCUGUAA